AAGCAUUCUUUCUAGCAAUUAUAAUCAAUACCUAUUAAACCUCAAGAUUUUGAUAUCUUGAUGAUAUAUGGCAGUAAUAGAGAAAACCAAAAUGGAAAACAAUAACAAUAAUAAUAACACAUCAAGAAAUACUACUACUACUACUACUACUAAUAAUAAUAAUAAUGAUAAUGAAAGACAAGGAAAUGAUGAUUUGAUAGAAGAUAUGAUGAAAAUGAUAGAAACAAUGGGAUCUUACAUGUGUUAUAGAAAAACACAAAAAAAGGAGUGUUUGAAGCUUGUUAGAAGAUUGAAGCUUUUAAUACCACUUUUGGAAGAAACCAAAGAGAUAAAUCAAGUAAUACCAUUAUCAAGUGGUGUGUUUCAAGGUUUUGUUUGUUUGAAGAAAGCACUUUUUUCUGCUAAGAAGUUGUUGAAACAGUGUAACUUUGGAAGCAAGAUCUUUCUGGCAUUGGAAAGUGAUGCAGUAAUGAGUAGGUUUCAUUGUGUGUAUGAUAAGUUGAAUGAAGCUUUAGAUGGGUUGAUGAUGUUUCAUGAUCAGCAUCAACUUGGGAUCUCUGAAGAAGUUCAGGAGCAGAUUGAGCUACUUCGGAAGCAAUUACAAGAAGCCAAGCGACGGACAGAUACAUUAGACAUAGAGCUAGCUAUGGACAUGAUGAUCAUUUUCUCCAAAAAUGAUGAAAGAAAUGCGGAUAUUGUGAUACUAGAGAGACUAGCAAAAAGACUUGAUUUAUAUUCAGUCCCAGACUUGGAACUCGAGACAGUAGCUGUUAAAAAGCUUGUCAGAGAAAGGGGCCCCACGAAGCAUGUAGAGAGCACAGAACAAAUUGUGGAUCUUUUGAAGAAAUUCAAACUAGUUGCGGGUUUUGAUGAGAAUAAUAAUGGCAAUGUUACUAAAGUUCUUGAUGAUUCGCCGUCUCUAAGAUGCUUGGAGAGGUGUCGUUCUAUGCUAAUUCCUCAUGAGUUUCUUUGUCCAAUAUCACUUGAGAUCAUGACAGAUCCUGUUAUAAUUGCUACUGGACAGACAUAUGAACGGGAAAGCAUCCAAAAGUGGUUAAGUUCGAAUCAUAGAACAUGUCCAAAAACUGGCGAAACUUUGAGUCAUUUAGCAGUUGCCCCAAAUUUUGCACUUCGCAAUCUAAUUCUCCAAUGGUGUGAAAAGAACAACUUUGAGUUACCAAAGAAGGAAAUUUACGCAAUUUCAGAAGGACAAAACAGCUUUAUAGAUGAGGUUUCUUUGUUGGUUCAAGAUAUGUCGUCAAGUCAACUCAGUACACAAAGUCGUGCUGUUGAGAAGAUCAGAAUGCUGUCAAAGGAGAAUCCCGAGAACAGAAUUUUGAUAGCAAAUUGUGGAGCAAUCCCGCCUCUGGUCAAACUUUUGUAUUCCUCGAAUUGGAAAGUCAAAGAACAUUCAGUCACCGCUUUAUUGAAUUUGUCACUUGAUGAAGCAAAUAAGAGACUCAUAGCACGAGAAGGAGCGAUUCCUGCUGUUAUUGAAGUUCUUCAAAAUGGGACAGAUGAGGCAAGAGAAAAUUCUGCUGCUACUUUGUUUAGUCUUUCAAUGUUAAAUGAAAAUAAAGUGAUGAUUGGUAGCUUAAAAGGUAUUCCGCCAUUGGUAAAACUGCUACGUAAUGGAACAAUUAGAGGCAAAAAAGACGCUGCAACAGCUUUGUUUAAUCUGUCAUUGAACCAAUCAAACAAAUCUCGAGCUAUCAAAGCUGGGAUUAUCGAGCCAUUGCUUCAUCUUUUGAAAGAAAAGUCAAUGGGGAUGGUUGAUGAAGCUCUUUCAAUUCUUUCACUACUUGCCAAACAGCCCGAAGGGCAAACUGGGAUAGGACAGUUAUCGGUUAUUGAGACACUUGUUGGGUUUGUAAAGGAUGGGACACCAAAGAACAAGGAGUGUGCGACUGCUGUUCUUCUUGAGCUCGGGCUGAACAAUUCUUGUUUGAUACUGGCUGCACUUCAAUACGGUGUCUAUGAUCAUUUGGUCGAAUUAAGUAAAUCAGGAACAAGUAGAGCUCAAAGGAAAGCUAAUGCACUUCUGCAACAAAUGAGCAAAUGUGAGCACAUUCUGUAAAUGAAAUUCUUUUAUAUACUGUCACAUUGGUUUUCUGGGUCUAUUUAUAAACAAAAAUGGCAAUUGCGUAAGAGUAAUUAAAUGCAUGCUUGAUUUAUUCGGAUGCAUUGCGAGAUGUAUAGUAUGAGUGUGUAAUAUACUCCUUUCCCAACAACAUACUUUGAUUUAUUUAGUAUGUUGGAUAGCUCGAUGAGCUGGAAGUAAAAUUGUAAUGUACGAUUGUUUUAUUAUAUAUGAAAUAUAUGAUAUUGCAGACGAUUGAGAUCUGUUUGAAA